CCUCCGUCGUGACGUCAUAUUCAAGCGACGCGCUAAUGUUUGGAUUUUCGUGGCCGGUUACCGAAUGUCUCAGUUAUACAUGACGCCUGGGUUAAUUAAGUCCCAGUAGGAGAUAUCAGUAGCUUACACUGAGGAGGGUUUUUUGUAUCUGCCGACGCCCGAGUGUUAAAUAUGCCUGUUCACCAACAACCGCAAAGUAAAUAAAAAAGAAGUCACCUGCUAAUGCUGGCUAGCUAAAAGCGCUUGUUGCUGGCUUCUCCGAGCUGCACAUGCCUCUGUGUUACUCUGUGGUCACUUCUGCCUUCUUUUACCUUGUUUGCUACAUCAUGUUCUUGUAAAGCUUGUCGUUGUGCCUUAAGCUAAAAUUGGGAUUUCUCUAGCAAGCCAAGCGUUGCCAAGCGACAUUUAUGUGCUUAAUUGUGGCGUGAUGCACCUAAACGUUCCUUUAAAAAAGUAAUUUCAGUAAAUCGACAAGCUGAAGUCUAUCUCUUAUGUCUUAGCAGUAAGCCCAUGUUUGUCCGACCCCUGAGUGCAGUGGCCUCUGCUCCAGCUGGUGCUGCUGCUGCUGUUUGGAGACACUGCUGUUGGUACUGGAGAAAGACAUCUCCACUCAUAAUCACCAGAAACCCCAUCAACUCUCCCAGACCUCCCUGUUCCUUCACCUGGAGUGCAGUGUCCAGCAGCGAUCACCCGAGACACCUGCGCUCCUCACCUGGCCUGAUGAAGAACCCUGAUACAGAGCCUCCUCCUGUUAAGAGGAGAAAGAGCUCAGAGUGUGAGUAUGCAAGUGAUGGUGUGCAGCCCGGCCCUAAAAACUCAGUUUCAAAAGAGAGACGCGAACGCAGUCCUGUUCCACCUGGGACACUUUAUCCACACCUGACUAGGACGAAAGAGAUCAGGACAGAGUUAAAGAGGCAGUGGGAGGAGCUGACUGAGAGCUGCGAAACCACAAGCGUGGGAGCUUUCGACUUCUCAGUGAUGUCCUACAACAUCCUCUCUCAGGAACUACUUCUCAGCAACACCUACCUUUACAGGCACUGUAACCCUUACGUGCUGCAGUGGCAUCAUCGGUUCAGCAACCUCAUCGCCGAACUGGAGCACCACUCCGCAGAUAUAAUGUGUCUCCAGGAGGUGCAGGAGGAUCAUUAUCAGAGGCAGAUCAAACCCAGACUAGAACAUCUAGGCUACCAGUGUGAGUACAAACGUCGGACUGGCCGCAAGCUCGAUGGCUGCAUGAUAGCCUUUAAGAAGUCUCACUUCACACUCUCGUCCUUGCAUCCUGUGGAGUUUUUUCGACAAGGCAUCCAGAUCCUAGAUAGAGAUAAUGUGGGGCUGAUUGUGGUGCUGAAGCCUGCACUGGAGUCAGGAUUAGACCGCAGCAUCUGCGUGGUCACUACUCACCUGUUGUACAACCCCCGACGUGGUGAUAUCAAGCUUGCACAGCUGGCACUCCUGCUGGCUGAGAUCAGUCGUGUGGCACUGCAGGAUGAUGGUACGACCUGCCCUGUACUGCUUUGUGGAGACUUUAACUCGGUGCCUACAAGUCCCCUCUACACCUUCAUUACAGACAGCAAGCUGGAGUAUGCAGGCAUACCUAUCGGGAAGGUAUCAGGACAGGAAGAAAGCCCUCGAGGACAAAGAGUCCUCACUCCACCUCUGUGGCCCCCAAGCCUUGGGAUCUCUCAACUGUGCCAGUAUGAAUGCAAGACUAAUGCAGAUCCCGAUGUACAGAAAUCCAGCAACGGCUUGAACAUGCGUCAUAUUGAGCACGGUCUGAAGCUGACUUCAGUGUACUCUCACUUCCUGAAAGGGAAUGGUCAUCGUGAGAUUACCACCUGUCACUCGCGUACCGCCAUCACUGUCGAUUACAUCUUCUACUCAGCAGCACAAAGCCACGAAUCCAGCUAUACAGAAUGUCGUGCUGCACAAGAUCAAGGUCUGGAGCUGCUGUCCCGGCUGGCCCUGGUCAGUGAAUCCCAGCUGAGACAAGUGAACCUCCUGCCCAAUCAUCGGCACUCAUCUGACCACCUCCCACUCAUCGCACGCUUUCGCCUGCACACCUGAAAUUUUAUUUUAACACAAUAACCUAAAAGUGAAAGUUCAUUUGUUUUAUACUUGUUGUAAUUAUGCCAUACAUUUGAUUUUAAUUAAAGUUAAUUUUAAAUUUA